AUGAAGGGCGGCAAAGGGUGUUUGCAUUUAUUUGUUCUUCUGUUGAUGGAUAUAGGUACAGUGGUCCCUGUGCCAGGUGAGUCAGCAUGGAUGAAAACAGAGAUUCUGUUAACAUUUUAGCAAUAUAAGUUACCUCUCAGAAAUGAUCAUAACGUAUGUUUUAUUAUUUGAAAAACUUUCUAAGAAAAUGCUUUUCCUUCAUUAUGGUUUAUCUUACUUAUGAACGUUUUAGGCAGAUAUACAGUGAGGAAAAAACCUUUUUGAUCCCCUGAUGAUUUUGUACGUUUGCCCACUGACAAAGAAAUGAUCAGUCAUAAUUUUAAUGGUAGGUUUAUUUGAACAGUGAGAGACAGAAUAACAACAACAAAAUCCAGAAAAACGCAUGUCAAAAAUGUUAUAAAUUGAUUUGCAUUUUAAUGAGGGAAAUAAGUAUUUUACCACCUCUCAAUCAGAAAGAUUUCUGGCUCCCAGGUGUCUUUUAUACAGGUAACGAGCUGAGAUUAGGAGCACACUCUUAAAGGGAGUGCUCCUAAUCUCAGUUUGUUACCUGUAUAAAAGACACCUGUCCACAGAAGCAAUCAAUCAAUCAGAUUCCAAACUCUCCACCAUGGCCAAGACCAAAGAGCUCUCCAAGGAUGUCAGGGACAAGAUUGUAGACCUACACAAGGCUGGAAUGGGCUACAAGACCAUCGCCAAGCAGCUUGGUGAGAAGGUGACAACAGUUGGUGCGAUUAUUCGCAAAUGGAAGAAUCACAAAAUAACUGUCAAUCUCCCUCGGCCUGUUUUCUGCUAAGGGGACAGGACAACUUCACCGCAUCAAAGGGACGAUGGACGGGGCCAUGUACCGUCAAAUCUUGGGUGAGAACCUCCUUCCCUCAGCCAGGGCAUUGAAAAUGGGUCGUGGAUGGGUAUUCCAGCAUGACAAUGACCCAAAACACACGGCCAAGGCAACAAAGGAGUGGCUCAAGAAGAAGCACAUUAAGAUCCUGGAGUGGCCUAGCCAGUCUCCAGACCUUAAUCCCAUAGAACAUCUGUGGAGGGAGCUGAAGGUUCAAGUUGCCAAACGUCAGCCUCAAAACCUUAAUGACUUGGAGAAGAUCUGCAAAGAGGAGUGGGACAAAACCCCUCCUGAGAUGUGUGCAAACCUGGUGGCCAACUACAAGAAACGUCUGACCUCUGUGAUUGCCAACAAGGGUUUUGCCACCAAGUACUAAGUCAUGUUUUGCAGAGGAGUCAAAUACUUAUUUCCCUCAUUAAAAUGCAAAUCAAUUCAUAACAUUUUUGACAUGCGUCUUUCUGGAUUUUGUUGUUGUUAUUCUGUCUCUCACUGUUCAAAUAAACCUACCAUUAAAAUUAUAGACUGAUCAUGUCUUUGUCAGUGGGCAAAUGUACAAAAUCAGCAGGGGAUCAAAUACUUUUUUCCCUCACUGUAUAGGGUUAGGCUAAUAUUAAUGUUAAUUUUACACUAUUUAAUGGUCAACUUAACUCAUGCUUCCCCAAGUGAACAAUAUCUACUGAAUAUCAGUUUAACAUUCAGAUUAAUGGGUGUCCUUUGAAUCAAGUGUUUCAGUUUGUGAAGAGCCCGGCCAAUGUAACCUCAUCCCUGGGUAAGCCGGUGCAGGUGCUCUGUACUCUCCAGGGAGAUGGAGGUGGAGAGGAACCUCCAGAUGUGGUGUGGUUAAGGGACGGUCAAUCCCUGGAUUACGCUGACACCAAUCAAGUCCAAGUGCCUGUCACUGAAGGAAGUUGGCUGACCAUCAGUGAACUCAGGUCAUUCUCAAUUAUGACUCUCUCUCUUGCUCUCGCUCUCUGUUUACGUCACAUAAGUCAGACCAAGAAGGUAUCUUUUUUUUUCAGUGAUAAUAAUAUGUCUGUCUGUGUGUCCUCAGAAUUGAUCAUGUGGAGCUGUCAGACAUUGGGAUAUACCGUUGCAUGGCAACAGUGGGGAGGAAGGACUUGAUGUCUCAGGAAGGGCUCAUUCAGCUAGAAGGUAGAGUUUCUGUCUGUCUCUUCAAUAAUCUGACUUUUUAUUUUCUACAGUAUCUUACUUACAGUUAAUCUUUUCCAGGAAUCCCUCAUUUCUCAGUGGAGCCUCAUGACGUGACAGUAGUGGCUAAUGUUAGCCUCAGCCUGCAGUGUGUGGCCCAUGGGCCUCCAGAACCUGUCAGGAUCAUCUGGCUGCAGAACGGAGGAUCACUCAACACGCUCCAGGACCCGGUGUCCCACUCUCCCUCCGCUCUCAACAUCACAGGUAAAGACUUUUGUCUUACUUUUGCAUUUAGCUUACAAACAAUACAUUAUACAGGCUUAAAAUUGAAACCGCGUUCUGUAACUGUCUAUUUGCUUUUCUCUCAGUCUUUCCUCUGACUGACCACCUCCUUGAAUCUCUGUUGUUAGGCCUCAACCAUACCAGCAGCUUUUCCUGUGAAGCCCACAACAGAAAAGGUGUGGCUACCUCAGCCUCUGGAACAGUGACAGGUCCGUACAAACAGGGCAGGAGGAAAUGACUUAUGAUUAUGCUGAUUGGUUUGGUCUUAUUCAUGACUAUCCCUCCUGUCUUGGUGUAGUGGUUCCCUCCCAGGCACAUAAAGUCCAGGCUGUAGAGGUCACCAUCUCUUCGCUGCUGAUCUCCUGGGAGCCUGGCUUUGGAGGGGUGUAUCCUGUCUCUGUAUGCUCUAUACAGGCAGCUCCAUCAGGUCCUGACCGCACUGCAUUGCUUAAUCACCUGAUCCAUAAUCAGAAUGUAAAUGUACCACCUGCUCGACACCUGAUCCCAGACCUGGAGCCCUACACCAACUAUGAUGUGAGGGUGGCUUGCCGUAGCAGUCAAGGUGCUUCCCCCUGGACACCAUGGGUAACACUACGCACAUCUGAAGGAGGUAAGCUGUUUGCCACAAUCCUCUACCCACGAACCAUCAGUGUGUGUUUAUAACAUUCUAUUACUGAUCAUGCAUUUUGUUAUUUGUAUUCAUCUACAACUCUUAGUCAUUUUAGCAGAUGAUUUAAUCCUAAGUGAUUUACAGUACAAUAAGUGAAUUUAAAGUGCGAUACCUAUGUAGUAGAGGUCAGUGACUUACAGGGAAUACAGGGGGAACAAUGAGAGUUGAGUGACUCGCUGUGAAACUAGGCUGGUUAUGGGCCAAAGAUUAUUCUGGGAAAAAAACGUUUUGAAUUGGUUAAGGAUUCUCAAGUGUUUUUGAUAGAACAGACAGAAGAGAUACAGGUUUAUGGUUUUGAAAAGCAGAGGGGUCAAGCAUUUAAUUCUAAAGGUUUUUCUGAGAAAGAGCCAGAUGGAUGGAACCCGACGUUAAAUCAAGAUUUUCAGUGCUAUUCCUCUGAGCUGGCAACAGACAGUCAAGUUUGCCAGUAAGAACACCCUUCUCUCCAUCCUCAGUGUUUUAAAUAUAAACUUCUAUAUUGAGAAAGUUGCCUGUGUGAAGGAGGAGGUACUGAGGGCAGGAGGAAAACAGAUGAAACAUUCUCUAUUCAUGGUUUGGCAGAGGUGGGUCAAUCCUGCUGUAUCCAUAUAAUGCUGCAGUGUGUUUGAAUUAUGGCUAGUGGAGAAGCGGUUUUUCCAUGCCAACUCAUGCUUUCCACAGUCUGCAAUGUAGAUAUGUUUGUGUAAAAGGGAAAUAGAAAGAGAGACUUUCAGAGAGAGGAGAAAAAGGGAAACUGACAAUUCCACAGUGGUGUAGUGCACAUCAACACACCAUCAACUGGCCAAUAAAGAAUUUUCCUCAAUAAAAAAAUAGUCAGGGAAAAUGGCCUGAUUCAAUCAAAUCAGUAACCAGAUGUCAGGCUUAAAAGAAAACACCCUUCUUGUGCUGUGUGAAUGCAUGUUUGGAUUCAUUUGAUUCGAUUAGCUAAACGAUGUUGACUGUGUGAAGCAAAAAUAAGUCAUCAUCAUAUUGAUUCAUUUCAACCAUGUUUCUUGUUGCAUGCAGUAGAUGGCUCAUGAUUCUUAGUUCUUUGCGUAACCUAACCAUUUAGACUCUACUUUGUCACUCCUCUUUAUCUGAAAAUAACAUGCACACAUGAGGUAGCACAGACCUUUAAGGUGAGUGUGUGUGUGAACUAUAUUCCUGACCUCCCCACAAAGUAAAAGUAUCUUAUCCCGCUCAUCUACAUCUCUCACCACUGCUCCUUGUGUCAGAGUUAGAGGGGAGUGAGAGGGGCGCGGGCUGAGGGAGAGAGAGAGAGAGAGAGAGAGAGAGAGCCGGGUAGAUGGAGGGAGAGGGGAAGGUGCUUGUGUUUUUGUUGGCCGAGGUGGAGCCACAUGUGGAAACUAUCAACAGUGGAACACUCACUGAUGACAUCACCAGGCUGGGUCCAGUAAAGGCCCCAGUUGCAGCCCACGCUAUGACUCACAACGUGACAGACAAAGAUGCCUUUAUUUACAUUGUUGUCUUAAUAAGAUAAAUAUUAUGCACAGACCUUUACACACUGGUUUUAACAACAUGAGUCUGGUAGUGUAUAUUACAGAUCAUUUGGUAUGUUGUACACAUUAUUCCUUUUUUGUGUGUAUCUGACAGUGCCAGAGGCAGCACCAGACAAUGUGAGUGGACUGUUUAAUGGAACAGAUGUUAUUGUCAACUGGACCAAGCCACCAGGCAGAUCGAAUGGCCAGAUACUGGGGUACAGAGUGGAGUACAGAACCCCUAACAUGUCCAAGGUAACCCAUGUUACAGUUGUCAAAGUAAACAUAUGCUGUAGGCAUUCUCUCUCUCUCUCUACCCUUUACACACACAGAGUGUAAUGGCAUCUUUGCUGUUGUUUUGUUUUCCUGUUUCAGGCUGUUAUGGAGUCAGUUCAGUCCUCUGAGCUAGCUAUCCCGCUCUCCAGCCUCCUGGACAGUGUGUCCCUGAGUGUGAGUGCCUGUACUGUUGCAGGGUGUGGCCCCUGGAGCCCUGUCCAAACCCUCAAACAGAAACAGCCUGGUGAGUCUGGACAUAACAGCGGGAGACAACAGGAUGGCUGGGAUGGGCCAAGGAGAGGAAAAAACCGCAGGGAUAUUCCAAAUGUUCUAGGUUGAUUCAUUUGGUAGCAUAUUCUAGUGUCUGUGUAAUAGCUGACAUACCUCUCUUUCCUGCAUUUUAGAUUUCUCCCCACAUCAGGCAUUUUCCUGGCAUUGGUGGUAUGUGAUCAUGGGGAUUGCUGUCAGUCUGGCCUUGAUAGGGUUCAUCGUGGUAUAUGCAAUCAUAUUGCGUCAAAGAGAGACAUGCUUUGGGUAUGUACCUAUGGGUCUCCCUGUAUCACUUUGUUCAAUUUUUUUGUCAUUGCUGUUAGAUGAUCAAUUAAAAACACCUGUGUGUUUGUGUGUGCGCAACAGGAAAACAUUUUACCCUAUGAGAAACGGUGGUGGGGAUUUCGUAGUAAGAUACAGCGCCCGACGCACCUACAAUCGCCAGUCAAAUGAAGCCACAUGUGAGUUGUCAUGCCAGUGACGUAAGAGAAACAGUGAAGGGUGAGGUGAUAGAUUAGUUAUUAACACAAGUAAAUGCCUUGGAACCAAAUGAUGCGUCAUGCAGUGUGAGAGUUCAGGAACAGAUGUUGAAGCUCAGAUUUCAUCUGUUUUCUCAAUGUUGUUCUGUGCUAGAUGUGGUGGGGCAGAAUGGUGUCAUGAUCUGGCUGUUAACACAAUCCUCUGGAGAACACAGAGCAAUUCAAUUGAGAAAGGAGUUCAAAUCUUUGUAGAGUCACUGUUAUUAUUCUUAGGGGGCAAGGCGCCUAAAUAUUUUAUACAUUUCUUUCAAUACAAAUGAAAAAUGUUCUAAAUCAUAGUUUUGUGAUAUGUUUGCUGAUACAGCAUUUUGUUUCACCACACAUUGUUCUGGAAAGGCAAACAGGAAGAGAAAACAUAUACUGUAAUUCUAGAGCAGCUUAACAAUAAUGGAAUAAUGUUUUUCAAAACAGGAUUUCUCAGUUGUGGGGGAUGAUUCAUACUAAAGUUAUUUUCCUAUAUUUAAUGUUUUAAGAAUCCCUGUUUCUGUGUAAGAGAUGGAGUAUUAACCCUUUCCACAGUGAACAGCCUGGUGAUCAGUGAUGAACUGAAGCAGAAGUUGCAGGAUGUGAUGGUGGACAGACACAAGCUGACCCUGGGCAAGACCCUCGGAGAGGGUGAGCUCGGACUAAAGCCUUUAUCAUACAUUAUAUAACGUAGUCAGUCAUUAACUACUACAUCCCAGGCCCUUAAGAGGCUUAGAUCCCCAGCUACACCCACCUACCUGACUAACAACAUGUCCAUGUCUUGCUCUGCAGGGGAGUUUGGCUCUGUCAUGGAGGGGCUUCUGGUGCACGAAGAGACUGUCCUCAAAGUGGCUGUGAAGACCAUGAAGAGUGAGUGAUCAGACAGUAUCAGAUACCCCCAUGUGUGUCUCCCAUCGUACAGUAUGUGUCAGUUUGAUCUCAGCCACCCUCUCCUUCUCCCUCUCAUAGUUUCCAUCUGUACUCGCACUGAGAUGGAGGACUUCCUCAGGGAGGCUGCUUGUAUGAAGGAGUUUGACCACCCCAACGUCAUGAGACUCCUUGGUGAGAGACUGGGCUGAUUUGUUUUGUCACUUAUCAAUCUACUAUUAACAUGCAGUCAUUUUGUCUCAUAAGAGUCUGUUACAAAGUAGAUCUGACUAGAUGAAUUCUGUUAUUCCCCGUCCUCCCUGUAGGAGUGUGUCUGCAGACGGUAGAGAGAGGAGGCUACCCGUCCCCUGUGGUCAUCCUGCCCUGUAUGAAACAUGGGGACCUGCACAGUUUCCUGCUUUACUCUCGACUUGGGGACAGUCCUUUGGUCAGUUCCCUCCCACGAAGUUCGGAAAAGUUUUUGCUACACAAAUAAAAUGUAGCGCCGUGGUCUUUCUCCUUUCAUGCAUGUUCCAUUUGUGCUGCUGUAUAGCACCGCCCGUCUGUAUCUAAUCAUCUCCGUCUCCAUCCACCAGUCCCUGCCUUCUCAGAUGUUGGUGAAGUUCAUGACAGACAUCGCACGGGGAAUGGAAUACUUGAGCAACAAGAGGUUCAUCCAUAGAGACCUGGCAGCGCGAAACUGCAUGUGGGGAUUCUCACCUCUCUGUUCUGUCAAUGUGUCCCCCUCUUUCUCACACAUACUCUUCAAUAUUCUUCUGUGAUAGUCUGAGAGAAUGAUUGUAAAACAAGUUGAGCAUGUUGAGUGAUACGAGUAACAGUACUGUUUAUUAUGUUGCUACUAUGUUGUCUACAUAAACACAGUGUACAAAACAUUAAGAACACCUUCCUAAUAUUGAGUUGCACCCUCUUUUGCCCUCAGAACAGCCUCAAUUCGUCGGGGCAUGGACUCUACAGGGUUUCGAAAGUGUUCCACAGGGAUGCUGGCCCAUGUUGACUCCAGUGCUUCCCACAGUUGUGUCAAGUUGGCUGGAUGUCCUUUGGGUGUUGGACCAUUCUUGAUACACACAGGAAACUGUUGAGCGUGAAAAACCCAGCAGCGUUGCAGUUCUUGACACAAACCAGUGCGCCUGCCACCUACUACCAUACCCCGUUCAAAGGCACUUAAAUAUUUUGUCAUGCCCGUUCACCCUCUGAAUGGCACACAUACACAAUCCAUGUCUCAAUUGUCUCGAGGCUUAAAAAUCCUUCUUUAACCUGUCUCCUCCCCUUCAUCUACACUGAUUGAAGUGGAUUUAACAGGUGACAUCAAUAAGGGAUCAUAGCUUUCACCUGGAUUCACCUGUCAGUUUGUCACGGAAAGAGCAGGUGUCCUUAAUGUUUUGUACACUCAGUAUAUAUCUGUCCUGCAGGCUGAACGAGAAUAUGACUGUGUGUGUGGCUGAUUUUGGCCUAUCUAAGAAGAUCUAUAAUGGAGACUACUAUAGACAAGGACGCAUUUCAAAGAUGCCAGUGAAAUGGAUCGCCAUCGAGAGCCUGGCAGACCGAGUGUACACCACCAAGAGUGAUGUGGUGAGCUAUCCUUACUUGGUCCAGCUACAUUAUGUGAUCCAUGUCUGCUACUGUAUUUGGGUUUUAACAUCCUGCAGCAGAAUUCAAAGCAAAGAGUAAAUACAAGUACAUUAUUUUUGUGACUGUGCUUAUUUCCCUCUCUCGAAGUGGUCGUUUGGAGUGACUAUGUGGGAGAUAGCCACUCGGGGGCAGACGCCCUACCCUGGAGUGGAAAACAGUGAGAUCUAUGACUACCUUAGACAGGGCAACCGCCUCAAACAGCCCCCUGGCUGCCUGGACACCAUGUGAGUGCCUAUUUCUGGAUCAGAACACAUGAAUCAUUGAGUAGUUUGAAUUGUAUUACUUAUCAUUAUUUAGUGGUAUAUAGUAGAGGCAACCAAUGUACCUUUCCUGGAGUAUCUGGAUUUUUGGGAAUUUUGUUGUAUGAGCCUCUCCUCUAUAUUGUAGCUACUCCCUGAUGUUCUCCUGCUGGCUACUGAGUCCUAAGGACCGCCCGGGGUUCCCCUCUCUGCGCUGUGACCUGGAGAAAGCCCUGGAGGAGAUGCCCGAGCAGGAGGAGGCAGAUGACCUACUCUACGUCAACAUGGAGGAGCCCUCAGGCUCUCUGCUGGGGGCUGUGGGGGGCUGGGAGCCCUUUGGAGUGCCUCGCCCAUCCUACCGGAAGAACCUAGACCCUCUAGAAACCAUCCAGGUGCAUCAUCAUAAUCAUCAUGAUCAUGCUGAACGCUAUGUACUCUGCCCUCAGCACGAGGCCCAGCCCUAUCUCAAUGACUCUAUUGACAGCCUGAGCUGGAUGGCCUCCUCGUCGAGCCCCACUCUGCAGCUCCAGGCCUCCUGCUCCUCCUCCCCCACCUCCUCUCUCCUGCUGGACGGACAGGACAACAGGGAAGGAGGAUGGGACCGGAGGGUCUUUAGGCAGUGA